CAUGGCUACUAUUUAUUCUCGUAUGAAAAAGAUGUUUAAGAAGAAAAAGAAGCCAAAGCAAGAGCCACCGAAGCAGGAGCCGCCGCCCCGUCCGCAAAAGAUUUAUGCGUAUAAAUUGGUUCUCGAUAAUCGAGAUUCUGGCAGGAAAAAUACAAAUGAAUGCACAUCGUGCGAACGCUGUAGUAAAACUCAGCAUAAACCUGAGCCUUACACAAAGCCUCCUUAUAAUGAACAUUUGUGCCGGGAUAAAUCAAGACAGUGUACGACUCAUUAUAAUAAACCGCUCUUCAAACCACCAACUGCCCCCACUCCACAAUUUCCACCAUUGCUUCCGUCACCAUUGGUUGCGCCGCCACAAAUGUUUCUGCCACCAUAUCAUCAACAACAAAUGUACGCGUUACCACCUCCAAGACAAUCGUAUCCGUAUGAUCAUGAGUAUGGAAUGCAGCAUGUUUAUCCGCCUAGGCUAGGUUAUGGCGAUAGUUGGUGAUUG